UUUCAGGGCGUGCCAAGAGUGUGUAAGUGUCUUUUAAGAUUUAAAGUUUCUUUUAAUUAAUAAUUUCGACUGCAAUUCAUCCGAAAUGUGGAAAAAUUCGCGAUUUCAUUAGCGUAAUUUGCGGAUAUUUGGAAAAUUGUGUUUCGUAUCGCUACAACGCCAUUUUUUGGUGAAUAAUUCGAGCGGAAAGUUUCCCCUUAGUGUAUUACAAUUGCACCUGUGCGAUAUUCAGGUAUUAUAAAAAUCUAAUUGGAUUUACGCGAGAGAGGGUUGUUCAAAAUGCAGAACUGUCGAUUAGGGAGUGUUAUUGUUUUUGAGUGAAUUUGGUUGCACCAGUCGAUGGAAAUCAAUUCCUUGGCACUUGGCAUGGAAAUAUUAGAAAAAAUGUUUUAAUUGAACUUUAGAGACGAGCUGAAAGGUUACAAUGAAACGCAGAACAUUAGCUGGUUGUUGUGGUGUCGGAGUGUUUGUCAUCGCUUUGGUCACAGUAUGCGUCGCAUUUGCCACACCUAGCUGGUUGGUUAGCGACUAUCGCAUAACUGGUGCUAAAUUGGAUCGGCUAGGACUUUGGACGCAUUGUUUCCGGUCGUUGCCCGAUGUCAACGAUGAUUAUCAGCGACGAUUUUUCGUCGGUUGUCGAUGGGUGUAUGAUCCGUUUACGAAAGGGUAUGAUGAGAUCAGAGGCUUUUUGAUACCAGGUUUCAUGAUCGCAACGCAGUUCUUCUACACGCUCUGUUUGAUUGGUAUGGUGGUUUCUUUGUGCUUGGUUCUACUGUUCUUCUUAUGUGCUGGUCCGGAUCAGAAACAUUUUGUGCUUCUGAUAAAGUUAAUUGGAUACAUUCUGCUGGCAACCGGAAUAUGCGGAAGCAUUGGAGUCAUUGUGUUCGCAUGUUUCGGUAACAAAGACAAAUGGAUGCCCGAACAUGCAAACAAUUUCUUUGGCUGGUCGUUUGGUUUGGGAGUCGUCGGUGCUGUGACGUCAAUUAUAUCAGCGUGUCUAUUUCUGACCGAAGCCACUGUUCAAGCGAAAAAACAGAAACAAUUCAAAGAAUCACAGACAAGGUUCGAAUUGGAACGAGACACGAAAGCGUAAUUUUAGUUGUUUUUAAAGAAAAAUUGUCACCAACCACGAAGUGUAGUACAACAUGAAGUAGAAAUAUGAACAUUAAGUUCCAACGAAUCAUUUUUGAAACGAAACGGAAGAAUUUAGCUGAAAUGUAAAGUGCAUUCCAUGAAUCUCUAGAUAUAGUUUAUACUUUCACGCACAUUAAUCACCGAUCGAAAAUUCAUUUUACUGACUGCACCACAGGGAAAUGAGUCAUUACUUCAUUGACAUGAACGUUAAAGCUCAAUUCCCGGGGCGUAGUGAGUAAAAUAACUUACGUCACCUUUGUCUGGAACUUUAUAUUUUGCCUUGUGCGAUUGCAGCUCUUGCCUUCGGCUCGGAUUGCAAUCCUCACACUCGGCAAAAUAACAAGUUCCAAGCAAGGAAACAUAAUCUUGUUUUAUAUAUUGGAAAUUGCAAUCUCAUAACAAAAAGUCCAAUGAAACUAAUCCGUCCAGAGAUUUUUAAGAAUUUUUUUUUUGUAUUAAAAUUAGUUUUGUAAGUUUUGGAGGUCCAAAGUCGAGUUAAAUCGAGACACGUUGGAACAGUUAAGCUCAUAUUCAAAUUUGAUAGCCUUUAAGAUAGUCCAACAACCAUUUGUGUUUGCGUGGAUCUAAUCGCUGCCUUAAA